UAUCAUUGUCAAACAGCAAAAGGAGUAAGCAAAACUGAUGAAGAGGUUGUAAAUGAAGUUCUUCAUUUGCGAACCCCGAAUGAAAUCAUUGAUGAACUAGAAAAUGAUCCCACUUUUUGGGAUGAGAGGAAUGUAAGAUUCGAACUAGCUGCUACUUUCGGAAAACUUCAGUUCGAAUCUUUAAAGAUGAUCGAUGAAAACUUAAAGGUAAUGGUUGCAGGAACUAUCAAAGAAAUAAAACACAUGAAUGUGACGAACUGGAAGAGUAUUUUAGAUUACUUGGACAAAAUUCCUUAUUUGGAAAUGAUGGGAGAGAGAAGAAAUUUCUCUGAAGAUUACAUCAUAAUUCCUAAAACCGAAAUGCUCGAUUUUAAUGACGACUUUGACCAUGGCACGGCAUUUAUGAUUGAGGUUUGGUUCGAGAGACUUGUAAGAAACUAUUACAUCUUGCACGAGAUGAACAUUAAUAUUACCAAAUUAGCAAAUUUUGCUGCGAAGGGAGAAAAAAUCACCGUUUCUAACGCUCUCAUUGGUUUGGACAAAAAACAUAGAGCUUUGAUGGACUUAGCCAUCAUACGAUUUCCUGAUAUCAUGAAUCCUUUCUUCAUGGUGUUUACUGUUCAGCUCAUUGCUUACAGAGAGUCGCUGCGUAUCAUAAUUAUUGAACAUGGAUCGUGCGGGGUCCUCUGCCGGUUCAACUACGCCAGAUAUAAACCCAACGAUGAGUAUAUCAAGAAUCUGAGGGAAGAGACGAAGGAAACUCUGAUUAGGGACAUAAAUUUACUGUUUGAUAUGGAAUAAAAAAAAUAUUCAGUUCUUAACAAGCGUUGAGAAUUUGGGACCUGUAUCAAAACACAUAAAUACACAUAUACAUACACUCAUAAAUAUAUGCACGCACAGAUACACACACAAUCUUUAACUGCAAGCCUCACGUUACGUUAAUAAUUCUCACAAAUUGAUGGUUUCCUUAAUAAAUAUACAAUUUACCUUAUGAAUUGAAAACUUCCGUAUCUAAAGUUUAUUUCAUGUAUAGAAAUGUAAUAAAAACCUUGAAUAAAAAUUGUAAUCGACUGUU